AUGAGACUUGUCGUUGUUGUAUCCGUGAUGGCAGCAUUGCCCAUGGCAGUGUCCUUUGUGACUCCAUCAGCCAGAAGUCAUGUUGCUGUCAAGACCCCCACGACACUUUUUUAUCGAGAUGAUGUGCCACCCAUUGGCUCUUCCCCUCACUGGGAGACACCCAAUGAUUUCAACCAGUUUUUGACACAGUGUUCCAUUCAGUCCUUCAUGUUUCUCUUGAACUCUCUAUCGGAUGUUCACACCAUGCAAUGGCUACAGGACUUUACCGAUCCGGUUCUCAUGGAAACACCAAAAGGAAAAAAGAUUGACAAGAACGCCAAGGUAAGUCUCGCGGAAGCAGCUCAGGCUGCCUUGGCGGACAUUGAGAUGGAAUUGGGUUCCGUGGCUGGGCCUUUUCCAUCACUAGCCCUCGUAGAAGAGACUGUGGUGGUAAACGAAGAACCCAAGGUAGUGGAACAAGUAGAGGAUACCAAGAAGAAAGUCUUCCAACCAUCCAUAGCUUGUCUAAAAAUGCUAGAGGACAAGGGUGCCGUCAAAAAGGCGUUCUCCCAUUACACCGUGGGAAUGUACUUAGCCAAGAAGAAGAAGCAGAAGAAGAACCAAGAGGAACUACCAGUGUCUAACACGGGCAUUUCCCAACUCUAUUCCAGUUUGCCAACAGCUGCUUCCUUCAACAACAAUGCCAAAAAGGGCAACUUUGCGCCCUUUGCUGGGAAAAAAUUUCAACCUUCUUCCACGCCCAAGAGCAACUGGGCACCUUUCCAAGGAGGAUUGAAGCAAUCAAUGACGUCCUCGACUUCGUCUCUCUAUGGACAUCCUCCUCCAUCAGACACGAAGAAGAAGACAGCGUCUAGGACACCCAAAUCCAAAGAAUCGGCUAAGGUUUCCUCCAAAGAUGACGAGGAGGAGCCACCAACCGAAUGGAAAACAUUCCCCAAGACCAAUCCCGUCGCUCUCAAGUACCAUGGAUUGGCCAUUCUCAAUCGUACUCGAUUCCCCACGUGGGAUUCUUACUUUGAACAACUGUUGGGACAACCCAAAGAAUCUUACCUGGUGGAAUCUUGGCACGCUCAGAUUCCAGCCUACGAGAUGGACAUUGACCCGGCAUCCUUGGUACGGCGCAUGUUGUCGGUGCGCAUGCAGAUCGCCAACGAGUUUGAACAUGAUUUGCAAGUCAUUGCGGACAUGUGUGGUCUCACCUUGAAGAGCUACCACAAAAUGCUGCGAGAGAUUCGUGAACAACGAGCCGAAGAAGAACUCCAGCAACAAAAGGAUAAGUUGGAAAAGCAAAUCCAAAAGUCCAUGGAGGAAAACAUCAGCGAAAACAAUGGUGCCGCCUCCACGGAUACCGUCGAUGACCACGCUACAGACCCACCCAGUAUACAACGAGCCAAUCUGCUCUUUUUGGAUUCCUCCGUGGGCGCCGAGGCAGAUUAUGCUCCUUCACCACUACGCAAGAGCAACUUUGAUUUGCUUUGUCUCUUGGCGACGCAAGAAGCCAUCCAUCGAGUCCUCAACGACCCAUCGAGGCAGGCACGCAAGGCCCCCGAACAUGGUAGCAACCAGUUCUUGCAAGACUUUUACGUCAAGCGACUCUUGUCACACUUUACGGGUGAUCAACCGUAUGGACGUAGCGAUGACUUUUUAGAAGAGCUCUUGGAGAGUCCACCGCGGAUGAUUACAGUGGGCGACCAUCGCGGCAAUGGCGAGGAGGAGACAGACCAAGACAGUUUCACCAAAGAUUUGACCUAUCUUGUCGAUCCUGUCAAGGUUGCCGAGAUUAUCCUGAAUGAACGGGAAAAGGUGGCGUUAGAAUGGAAGCAACAGCUGGCAGAACAGACCAAGGAAGAUCACAUGGCGCUUCAAAAGAUGGUUUUGGCUAGGGUCAUGGGACAGAGCAUUGAAGAAUGUGAGAUUGUAGACUCGGAGGGAAAUGACGUGGAAGAGGAUGAUGAUGUGUUUGGUUCCUGUUUUGAGUGA